UGCUCCUCUGCUGACAGCUGCGGCUUGUGCUGCUGAACACGCCGCUUCCCCCCCCCACCCCCCCACCCCCCGGUGGUCACGAAGACGAACAAUGUCGCGUCAACCCAAAGAGGAACAUUACCGCUUCUUUGCCGUUACCGACCCGCGCGCUCACGAGAAGGGACACACGGAGUACAAAGUGACGGCGAGGUUCGUGUCCAAGCGUCACCCAGAAGAUGUGAAGGAGGUGGUCGUGUGGAGGCGGUUCUCGGAGCUGAAGAAGCUGCACGGGGAGUUGGCCUUCACACACAGGAACCUGUUCAGAAGACAGGAGGAGUUCCCACCUUUCCCCCGCGCGCAAGUUUUUGGAAGGUUUGAGGAGGCUGUGAUUGAGGAGAGAAGGAAGGCAGCCGAAGCCAUGCUUUUGUUCAGUACUACCAUACCUGCACUCUACAAUAGCCCGCAGCUGAAGGACUUCUUCAGAGGCGGUGAGGUCACAAGACCCCUCGAUCCAACCCCUCUGUCCACCGCCGGGGCUCUGCCUCCCCCUCUCAUCCCCCUCCCCAAGCGGAGGGCCUCAGACUGUGAGCCUGCGGAAGAGGAGGAGGGGAGGGAGGCUCCCACCUUACCGCAGGACCUGGGCACCAACCUGGGUUUAGAAGUGGGGGAGCCCGAGGUGGCAGCCGAGGCUUACAGUGAGAUGGGAGGCUCUCCCAGAGAAGAAGAAAGAGAGGAGCUCAGCGAUACAGAGCUGGAUGACAGAGUCCCGUCUCCCAACCUGUCCCCAGCCAGAGACCACAAGUCGCUAGACUCCCAGGAAGAGUUUGAUUCACUGUUUGACUCUGCGGCAGAGGACCAGGUCCCAUCCCCAAAGGAAGAGGAUCCACCUCCACUGUCUGAUAACGACUUGGCUGUCUUUGAUCCCUGCUAUAAACAAGAUCGAUCCAGUUCCACCAGCGACCACUCAGAAUUGUUCUGGCUGCCACCGACCAGUCUGAAUGACGGGGACGUGGAUUAUCUGAACCAAGCGGCCACUGAGCUAACAGCUGCCAUGGAGAGGGAGAAGGAGGGAGAAUUCAGCUCUGCCAUUCACGGAUACAGGACUGCUGUGGAUAUAUUGAUCACUGGAGUGCAGGGAGACCCAGAUCCCGUGCGCAGAGAGUCUGUGAUGAGAAGGACCGCUCAGUACCUGAAACAUGCUGAGGUGUUGGUCGACAGGCACUCCUCACCCACACACACUUGCACGUCCGCACACACGCAUGCACAGGGCCCCUAGAUGUGCACACAUGUAUUUAUAUACACUGUUACCACAGUGGAGACAGAUCAGACAACGCUCAGGGUUGUGACAUACAUACUGUACGCACACGUCCACACAUGCUCUUGAUAAAGACACUCAUACACAAAUCUAGAGCUGGAUACAGUAUGUAGACUCACAUGUAUAGUGUAUUGUGAGAGGACAUGCUCAUGUGGACCACAACAUUCACAAACACCAGCUAGUUCAGGUAGAAAAACAACACACAUGCACAUAUAGAGACACACAAUCCUGAAUUACACACCACACUGCAGGCUGUUUCUUAAGUUGCCUUUGUUAAGUGAAAGAAAUCUGUGAUUUGCGAAAUCAAAGUAUCUGGAAGCUAAAAGUAUCUGUAAACUUAAUGGAUUAAAAGAUGAAUAAUUUUUUCACCUUUACCUCUCUUAUCGCUUUCUCUCUCUCUUGUUAAAUUCCUACUUUUUACAAAGAAAAAGUUCUCUUGUUGAACACAGUAAUGUCUGUAAAUUCAGUAAUUUGCGUUUUGCACAAAAAAUGUUUUGUUAAUAAAUAUGAUUGUAAUUUAA